AUGGGAUUGUUCAAGAAGGACAGCGAUGCUGGGUCUGCGCCUGCGGCUGGCGGGCCCUCGACGCCGAGCAAGAAGGAGCUGAAGGAGGCCAAGGAGCGCGAGAAGGCCAACGAGAAGAAGAAGGCGCUGAUCUCGACGCCCAACGUCGGCUCGGUCGUCCACACGAGCUCUGGCGGCGGAGCGGCAGCCGGCGGGCAGCAGCAGAUCGCAGGACUCGGUGCCGCCUUGCAGCGAAACGCAUCCAACGCAUCCGCAAGCACGCGACCAGCAUCGGGCGCUGCUGCGUUUGCGGCAUCGCCGUCGCCAUCGAGCGCGGCCGCCGCGCAUCACGUUCCGGACAAUCGUCGGAGCCUUGCUCUCUCUGCACGCUUUGAUUCAUCCGAGGAUUUGACGGGCGUUGGCUUGCACGAGCAUGUCGACGUUGACAACCACGAGCACUUGCUUGCCCUGACAAACAAGGUCAAGGAGUUUUCCGAGCAAAUCACGGCGUUCGGACGCCUCUUCCCCUCCGAGCCCAACGAUCAGGCCAAGGAAACGGUCAUUGUGGGCGUCACCAACCUGCACACACUCAUCAAGGAUAUCAGCGAGACCUUCUCGUUCAACCUUGACGACGUCCUCGUCCACCUCAAGACGCUCAUUCUGGCGACCAAGCAGUGGGCUGCCGGCGCAAACCCCACAGACCCGCAGCGCCCGCACAACUUGAACAAGGUUUUGCAGGACAUGAUCACCGUGUUCGCCCGCAUCGUCUCAGAGUACAUGCAAGGCUUUGCGACGCCCGAGGCCGAGUCUUCUGCUGCGGCACAGUAUGCAGCUGCGCUGCCGCUGGCCACCGCAGGCGGCACCAUCCCCACCACCGCGCCCCCGGCGUUGCAGCACCAGGCGUCAAAGCUGCACGUGAGCGGCGUGUUGCACGAUGUGGACGAGGAAGGCAACUUCUUCUCGUCCAUCUCCCAAGACAAGGAUCUCGUGGGCAUGCUCUUCAUGGACGGUGUUGAGGUCUUGAACGCCCGUUGCAAGGAAUGGUCGAGCUACACUGGCGAGCUCUUGUCCUAUCUCAAGAGCCGCGUGGCGCUCGAAAAGGAGUACUCGACCAAGCUUGCCAAGCUGUCGAGCGACACCACCGCCACCUUGAACGAAAAGGGCUGGCUCAACCGCAGCACAAUGCACACCAACACGCUCGCCGUGCUCGCGUCGCAUGCAGGAGCCGCUGCUCGUCGCACCGAGUUUUCUCACCAGGUCGUUUCCAAGGUGAUUGAGCCGCUGCACGAGCGCCAGACCGAGCACGACAAGUCACGCAAGCGCAUCAAGGAGCAGUGGACCAAGGAGCGCAAGCGGCUAGCAGACACGCUCGCUGCCACCGACAAGGCCAAAAAGCACUUCCACGACUCUUCGCGCAACUGGGAAAAGUCGCUGCUCGAGAAGAAAAAGGAGGAAGCGACGCCCAUGCGCCUCAAGCUGGACAAGCGCAUCAAGGACGAGGAGGAGGCCCGUGCCAAAUGCGGUGCCGCCAACGACGCCUACAAGCAACAGCUCGUUGUUGCCAACAAGGCCGUCGUGGACUUUGAGGCCUUCUUGCGCAACGUCAUCCGCACCCUGAAAAUCUUAUCCGAGACGUGCGAGCACAAGAGCAAGAACACGGUCGGACGCCUGCACCAGCUCGAGUACGUCCUCGUCUCGCCCUACGAGGACGAAAUGAUCAGCCUGAUUGAUCACACCAAGCACAUCAACAACGUGGAAGAUGUCGCACGCUACGUUGCGCGUCAGUCUGCUGGCCAAGAGUUGAAGGUCGAGUCCGUCGAGUACGAGGACUUUUCCCUCCAGCAGGAGACCGCAGCCUAUUCGGGACACGAGCGUUCGGGCCACCUUGGUACUUUGCCUGAGCAACGCGGCAACCACAACGCCACCGGUGGCGGCUUGCUUCAAGUCCCUGGACUCGCCUCAUCGGCCAUGUCUGGCUCGACGAGCGCCGUGAAUGGCCAUGUCUUCCGUCGUUCCGACGUCCCCGGUCGUUGCGCACACUGCCAAAAGUACGCCUUUUUCAACUCGGCGCGUUGCAACAUUUGCAACAUUACCUGCCAUGUUGGCUGUGGCGAUCACGUUGUCGAGAUGCCCUGCGAUCGCGAGCGCUCCAGCUCUGUUUCAAGCAUCCACGCGCCCGCCAUGCGUUCUGCCAGCGGCACGCCCAGCCGUCGCAAGGGCGACAAGCUGUCCUUCUUUGGCUCCGACCUCGUGUCGCUCGCACGUUCUGGCCAGCCCGUGCCGCUGGUUGUGCUCAAGUGCAUUGCGGAUAUUGAGCGUCGCGGCAUGGACUUGGUGGGCAUUUAUCGCAUUGCCGGCCAAAAGUCGCGCAUUGAAGAGUUGUGCGAGCGCUUUGAAAUUGAGCGCGAAAACAUUGACGUGUCGCAGCAGCCCGAUGAGCAUGUCGUGGCUGGUGUGCUCAAGCUCUUCCUGCGCCAGCUUGCCGACCCGCUGAUUCCUUUCGCAGCCUACAGCAAGUUUAUUUCAGUGUCGGAAACGGCCAGCACGCCUGCCAUCAAAGCCCUUGUGCGCUCGCUGCCCGACGCCCACUACAACACGCUCCGUGAGCUCAUGCGCCACUUGCACAAGGUGUCCCGCAACUGCCACGUCAACAUGAUGCGCACGGAUAACCUUGGCAUUGUGUUUGGCCCGACGCUGGUCCGCUGCAAGGAGGAAUCGGUCGAUGCCCUGCUCGACAUGCCCAAACAAGUGCGCAUUGUUGAGCUGCUCAUCACCAACUACGAGGACAUCUUUGACGACGUUUCAGACGAAACCGCCGCACGCAUUGCUCGUGAAACCAAGGCCGCUGAAGAGGAAGAGCAAGAACGCCUUCGCAACGAGCGCGAAAGCGAAGAGAAGCGCGCUCAGGCCGCGAAAGAAGCCGAGGAACUUCGUGCCAAGCAGUGGCAACUCGACAACGAGCGCUUGGAGCGCGAGCAAAAGCGGUUGCAGGAGGAGCGCAAGCAGCGAAUGAAGGAGAAGCGUCGCUCUGAACGCGAGUCGCAGUAUUUGGACGAGACAGCGGAUCCACUGCAAGCCAUCAUUGCGGCAACUGCACCCAUUGUCAUUGAGGAGGACGAGGACGAGGCUGCCGCCCGCCAAGAAGAGGAUCGUGCCACGCUUCGUCGCAGGCAAGAAGCCGAGGCUGCCGCCGCUGCCGCCGAGAUGGAAGCAGCGCUCAAGUUGAAAGAGGAGGCCGACCGCCGUCGUCAAAAGGAGGCGGCUGAUCGCGCUGCCGCCGCUGCUGCUGCGGCUGCCGAAGCUGAAGCUGCUGCCCAAAGGCAGGCUGAUGAGCAGGCCGAGCGUGAGCGAACGGAGCGUGCCGAGCGUGCACGCCGCGAGCGAGAGGCUCGGGAAGCUCAGGAAGCGCUGGAAGCUCUGGAGGCUGAGGAGACCAAGAAGCGUGAGCAAGCGGCGGCGGCAGCAGCAGCAGCAGCAGAGGCUGAGGCGGAAUCGCGGCGUCAGGCGGAACAAAAAGCCGCCGCCGAGCGCGAGUCGCAACGCAAGGCUGACGAGGAAGCACGGCGCCGCGCCGAGCAAGAAGAAGAAGAUGCUCGUCCCGCCGCCCGCCAAGCUGCCGCGGAGGAGGCCGAGCGCGAAGGGAAGCGCAAGGCGAAGGGAAGCGCAAGGCUGCUGCCGAUGCUGCCGAGCUUGAGGCUGCUUCGGUCGCGUCGCCUGCGCCAGCUUUCCUUCCAGGAGGACGACUCUUCGCCCUCAAUCUCACGAACGCAGUCCAUCCUCGACGAGUCUGCUCUGCCGAGCUUGACCGAGGCCGAGUUGAGCAACCUUUCCGAGGCCGAUAUGCAGGCCGAGCUGGAGCGUCGUCGCGUCGAACGCAAGCGACAGCGCGAGUUGCGUGCUGCAGCGGCCGCUGAGGCCGAGCGCCAGCGUGCUGAUGAAGAGGAGCGCGAGCGCGAGCGUCAACGCGAAGAGCGUCGUCGCAAGCGCCAAUCUGAGGCUGAGAUGGCUGCCAAGCUCGAGCAACAGGAGGCCGAAAAUCGCCGCAAGAAGAACGAGGAAGAUCGCCGCCGUCGCGAGCAAGAGGAUGCCGAACUGUUGGCGCGUGUUGCUGCAGAAAAGGCGGCGGAAAAGGAGGCCGAGCGCCAGGCUGAGCUUGCGGCCGAGGAGCAACGCCGCAUUGCCGCCGAAGAGCGGGCGCGGAAGCGUCGCGAGCGCGAGGAAGAAGAGCGCCGCGAGCUCGAGGCUCUCGAAAAGGCCAAAGAGGAGCGUCGUCGCAAGGCCGCCUCGGACGCUGAAAGUGAAGCCAAGCGCGUUGCCGAUGAGUUGGAGCGCUCGCGCCGUACUGAGGCUGCAGCUGCCGAAGCUGCCGCCACUGCUGCUGCUGCUGCUGCUGCUUCUGCACCAGCUGCCAGCACUCCAGGCUCGGCUGACACCGAUCCGACGAGCAUGAUGUGCGUUUGCGGCAAGACGGCCAAGUUCCGCUGCACCAUGUGCAAGAGCCAGUACUAUUGCAGUCGCGAGUGCCAAACGAGUGACUGGAAGACUCACAAGCCAGCUUGCAAGCGCAUGUCUGUUGCUCCUGAUGCCAACGCUGUCGCGGCCGCCACGGCCAAAGCUGCCGAGGAGGCCGAGGCUGCAAAGAAGGAGGCCGAAGCGACACCUGCCGCUGCACCUGCCGCGACAGGUUUCAAGACUGCCAAGGCGCUUUACGAUUACGAGGCUCGGUCGGGUACCGAGAUCUCUGUGAAGGCUGGCGCGACUGUGACCAUCUACUCGCAAGUGAACAACGACUGGUACCACGCAGGAGGUGCCGAUGGUUCCAACGGCUAUCUGCCCGCCUCGUAUCUGCAGAUGCUUGAUUAA